CCUGGGUUCGACAUGGCGACUCUGCUAAAAGACGCCUCCCUUCUCCGCUCCCUCCACCUCUCAUAUCCCAUUUCUAUCGUUGUAGCAAUGACGGCUAACAGAGGGAUCGGAUUCAACAAUGAUCUUCCUUGGCCACACAUUUCACCGGACUUCAGGCACUUCUCCCACCUUACUCUCUUCACGGGAGAGCAGGAAGCCGCAACUGAUAAGACUCCGGCGGGAGCAACCCCAAAGCUGAACGCAGUGAUUAUGGGUCGAAGAACCUGGGAAUCCUUACCACCGAAUGCGCGGCCUCUGAAGGGCAGAAUAAACAUCGUUAUCUCUUCCUCCGUGACUGCUGAAGACUUGUUGACUUCGUCAGCGGCAGGCAGUGUGGAGGCAGCUGAAGACGUGUCUUCUUCAUCAAACCUCCUCUUUGUUUCGCCGUCUUUGCCGGCUGCACUUUUCCUGUUGGAACAGAAAUUCCUGCACCAGCUUCACCAUGUCUUCAUCGCAGGGGGCUCAGCUGUCUACGCUGCUGCACUGGCGUUGGACGUGGUGUCUUUCUUGUACAUCACGCGCAUCGCCACCCCGUUCAACUGCGAUACGUUUUUCCCCGCCUUUGGACCCCCCACAUCGCCGCCAGCGUCACCGGAAGAGGCUUCUCAAGCAGUGUCACUACACCAACAGCCGCAGCAACAACUCGAGGGAGCUGGCCUCGUCAGAUCGGAUUCGGGACUGUGGAGCUCUCGUACCGACGGGUUCGAGGUUUGCUACAUCAGCAAGUCGAAAGCACAUCGCGGAGUUCCCUUUGAUUUUGUAAUCAUGGAACGAAUAAGGAACUGUCGAGGGCAGCAAAAGCAGGUGGACCAGCAGCAGCAGCUGCUGCAGGAAAAGCAGCAGACGUCUUUCCGUGCUGCAUUGGCUUUGGAAGUGUUCGAAGCGAAGGAAGCGGCUCGGGGGGAAGCUGUGGCAGCCCCCCCGAAGGCUCCACCCUUGAGGGUGUUGCCUCAUCUGAGGGGGCGUCUGCAUGAAGAGCUGCAGUACUUGGAGUUGGUUGCCGACAUCUUGAACAACGGAACGGAGCAGCCGGACAGGACUGGAGUGGGCAUUGUUUCCCAGUUCGGACGGUGCAUGCGAUUUUCGCUGAAGGAGACGUUUCCGCUGCUUACCACCAAAAGGGUCUUCUGGAGAGGGGUGGUAGAGGAGCUGCUCUGGUUCAUUCGCGGAGACACAAACGCAAAUAACCUUAGCAAACUGGGAGUCAAAAUAUGGGAUUUGAAUGCAACACGCGAGUUUCUGGACAGCCGAGGGCUAACAGACAGGGAGCAGGGAGACAUUGGUACGGCGGCCCGUGUACGGCUUCCAAUGGAGGCACUUCGGCGCAGAAUAUUCCAACAUGCAUGCGGAUUACACGGAGUUUCCCCUGGAGCUUUGAAAACGGUUCAACAACAACUCACGCAUUUGCGCAAUGCAUGCAGGCAAGGGGGUGGAUCAGCUGAAGGAGGUUAUCCACAAACUGAGGACCAACCCGUACGAUCGCCGCAUGAUCAUUUCUGCGUGGAACCCUUCAGGCAAGGUUCUGUGUUUUGUUUUUCCGAUAAAGGGCCUUUGCAUGUGCCCUUUUAA